GAGUUGGUGGUUGAUCCGGCAGAACAGUUUUAUUAUGUCUGGCUACAGGUCAUGAUCUUCCCCAUCGUCUACAACUGGGUGAUCAUCAUUUUGAGGACAUGCUUCACUACAAUUGGACUGAGCUACCGGCCUGUGUGGCUCACACUGGACUAUCUGUCAGACCUCAUGUAUCUGGUCGACAUGAUCAUCAAUGUUCACACAGGUUACUUGGAUCAGGGCAUCCUGGUCAAGGACCUAACUCAUCUGAAGAAGCGCUACCUGCAUUCUAAACAUUUCUUAUUGGAUCUGAUUUCCUUGCUGCCCACCGACUUCCUCUACUUUGUCUUUGGCAUUGAAACUCCACUAGUUAGGAUCAACCGCCUUCUGCGCAUUUCACGACUUGACGAGGCUCUGGAUCGCAUGGAGACAAGAACCUCUUACCCCAACACCUUCCGCAUCUCCAAGCUCAUGAUCUACAUCUUUGUGUUGAUCCACUGGAACGCCUGUUUUUACUUUGCACUGUCAAGCUAUAUGGGCUUUGGAAGUGAUCUUUGGGUUUACCCCAAUGUCUCCGAACCAGAGUUUGCCUCCAUGCGUCGUCAGUACUUUUAUUGCUUCUGGUUCUCUACCCUGAUUUUCACCACAGUGGGAGAUUUCCCUGAACCACAAAGGGAAGAAGAGCACUUAUUUAUGACGGCAGACCUGCUCAUUGCUGUACUGGUGUUUGCAUCGGUUGUUGGCAAUGUUGGCGAUGUCAUUACAAGCCUAAGGGACCGUGAUAAUGUCUUCUUUCCUAACCAUGAGCUGGUGAAGGCUUACCUGCGUAGCCAUGUCAUUAGUAAAGAGCUUCGUCAGCGUAUAAACAACUGGUACCAGCAUCUUUACAUCAACAAGAAGAUCAUUCGAGAGAAUGAAAUCCUGCAACAGCUGCCCAUACACCUGAGGACAGAGAUUGCAGUCAGCGUUCACCUUCCCACACUCUCCAAAGUCACCAUCUUCCAGAGCUGUGAGAAAAGUCUGCUGGAGGAGCUGGUGCUCAAACUAACACCUCAGGUGUUCAGUCCAGGAGAGUAUGUCUGUAGGAAAGGAGAUGUGGGCCAUGAAAUGUACAUCAUCACAAACGGCAAACUUGCAGUUGUAGCGGAUGAUGGGGUCACAGAGUAUGCUGUGCUGAGUGAAUCGAAUUUCUUUGGGGAAAUUAGUAUCCUCAAUAUCAAAGGUAACAAGUCAGGCAAUCGUCGCACUGCCAACAUCCGAAGCAUUGGCUACUCUGACCUGUUCAGCUUGUCCAAAGAAGACCUGACAGAUGUGCUAUCCGAGUUCCCUGCAGCCAAACGUCACCUGGAGGAAAAAGGCAGACAGAUCCUCACCAAGAUGGGCAUGUUGGAGGAGACCAGAGACCAAGAAGAGGCAGAGAAAGUCGAAACCAAGAUAAACAGGCUGGAGAGCCAUUUGGAAAUCCUGCAAACAAAACUAGCUCGCCUCAUGGUGGAAUUAGAGUCGUCUAAUCACAAGGCGCAGGCCAGGAUAGAGCAGCUGGAGUGGGAGGUGGCAGCACUGGAGACUCAGCUGCCGAAAGACGAGAUGGAAGGAGAACAGGGAAGAGGUGAAGGGGUCGGAGGGGAGGUUGGAUGGGAGCGAGAAGAGGCAGAGGGGGAGGAAGAAGAAGAACAGGGUUUAGAAGCCAAGGUAAAAAAACAAGGACAGGGAGAAGAUGGUAAUGAUGUGACCAAAGAGGGAGAUGGGGAGAGCACUAAAAGUACAAAGGAUGAUGUGGAAGGGACGGUGGAGGGAGAUAAAUCUGCGCUCAAAGACCUGUAUAAUCAGGGAAACAAAAAAGAAGACGAUGAAGGGAAAAACAGAAAAGGAGAUGACAGACCUGGGAAAGGAGAUGGAGCGGAAAUUGAACCUGAAGAUGAGAAAGAAGAGAAAAGUGGAGGGAGAGAAUCUGAAGAGGGGAGGGAAAGGGAUGAAGAAAAGAUGGGGGAGAAAGGUGAAGGGCAGAAAAAAGAAUAA